GGGUGUGCGCGUCAUGCGCUGCUGUACGCGGUUUAUAGUUUCGCACCGGUCGAACAAGUUUCCAGUGCUCGGCAAACCAGAUCUCGGAAAGGUUGCCGUACAGGACUGCCAGACCGGUGAAGUGUAUUGAUUGCUUGUUUUGGGAACACAGCCCUUAGAUUUCCGUUGCGUCGUGCGGGUGCGGUGUAUGUGUUGCGAGUAAGUGUGCGCAGCGAGGAUGCCGUUGUGAGCGUGAGAUUAGAUGACAGUCUAAGCGGCUCAGAACCUCUGCGGGAUCAGUUAUUCUUGUCCGGUUCGUGUGCCAGGUUCGGUUAACCAAAAUGUGCUGGCCGUAACGUAACCACGGUGUGUGUGUGUGUGUGUGUGUUUGAACGCAGAAACAUAUCCCAGUACAUUCUACUAACUAGGCGCUUUACCAACUCGCAAACCCGUUGCCCCAACACCGGAACAUUCACCGGAAACUAGUCCACAUCCACGUCACAUUGGAGAGGAUAAGCCAGAACUUGGUGAUCCUGCGUGAAGCCGUCGUCGAAGACGUUUCAGUGUGAACAAGUGUGUGCGUGUGUAAUCAGGUGUGUGUGCGUGUGUAAGAGUGUGCUGUGAAAAAACUUGUGCAAAACCUUUACCCCCCCAUCCGGGAGCUAGUUUACUGACCCGCCGUGUCCAGUUUCAUCUUGCAUACGCCCAACGAAUUUUCGCACCCGGUUCAAAAUGCGUUCCAGCUCCAGGGUACUGUGUAUCCUGGCGGUAACGCUUCUGGUCAGCGCGUUGGACGCCAAUGCAGCCAAUAAUCAACGAGCAGCAGGCCUGCAAAAGCCGGGCGCCGUUGCAACGAAUCAGCCGCAGGCGAAUCGACUGCAUGCACCAACCGCCAACACAAAGCUGGUGUCGGACAGUGUGACCAACUUGGCCGCCAGGAUCGCCAACGCUCUCUCGAACCAGAAAAGCAAAACGGAAAUCUUUUCCCCCGUCAGUAUAGCGGGGGCGCUGUCGCUGCUGUUGCUUGGCUCCGGCGGUCAAACGCAGCAGGAGCUGCUUAAUGUAAUGGGCUUGAACAAGGGGCAGCUCUCGUUCCAGGAGAUACACAUCAGCUUCGGCCGCUUGUUCCAGGAUCUGGUGUCGAACGAUCCGAGCCUGGAGCCACUUGUUACCUGGCGCUUGAAUGACAAGUGCAACCGGUACGAGGAGGACGAGGAGGACGAAGAGUUCGUACAGUCGCAGUCGCCGAGCAACCCGAACGAAUACCACAGCCAUCAGAUAUCGAUAGCAAACGGCGUAUUUCUACAGCGAGGCUACCAGCCCGGCGCACGGUUCCUGCGCUUGGCACAGCGCAUCUACAACGGCACCGUCAAGGAUCUAGACUUUGAGCGCGAUACGAACGGUGCGGCUACGUUCAUAAACGAUUGGUGCACGCAAGCCACCAAUGGCAAGAUCAAAGAGAUUGUCACCGAAAACAUCCUGCGCAACACGCGUAUGAUCGUGGCGAACGCGCUGUACUUCAAGGCAAAGUGGGAAACCACAUUCUCACCGUUCGGCACGCGUCAGCGAUCGUUCUAUCCGAACGGUGAGCAAGAACCGUCGAUCACGGUCGACUCGAUGGCCACUACGGGCUGCUUCCCGUACUACAACGCAACGGCUGAGUAUGGGGUGCAGAUAAUUGGGCUGCCGUACGAGAAGGGCCUCUCGACCAUGUACAUCAUCCUGCCGAAUGGGUCGAACCGGCAGAAGGUUCGCGAAAAGCUGGCCGUACUGGAUGCGCCCCAUCUGAACUGGUUGAUCGAUCGGAUGGUCGUCCGGAAGGGCAGGGUGCUGCUACCGAAGCUUAACAUUUCGAACCGCAUUCGUUUGAGCAGCAUCCUGCAAAGUCUGGGCAUUCGCGAUCUGUUCGAUCCGGCACGUAGCAAUUUGACGGAAAUCUUCAACGACAAACCACCCGGACUAGUGUUCGAUGCGAGCCCGAAAAACGAAACGAUCGGUACGCUCAACAUUCAAAAUCGAUUUGACCUCUCGGACUUGCCAAAGGAACGACCUUCCACACAGAAACUUACCACCAAAGCUCCGGUACGACAAGAAACGGUACAACGGCCACAAAACCCACAGCAAGGAUUGGUGCAGCCGGGGGCCCCGCUACCGCCAAGCAAUGUCGGGAGGGAAAUAUCGAUUGAUCUAUCUCCUCAAGACUGUCAGCUGAUCGAGAACUGCCAGUACAUGGCGAAUAGCAAUAGCUGCAUGUGCAAUCGCAUACCAACCAACGACCAAAGCACGGGCUGCGGAGUCCAGUUGGCGAAACAUUAUUACGACGACACCAACAAGCGCUGCCUGUACCGCAUCAAUGCGUCCUCGCUGCGUACGUUCAUUUGUGUGAAACCUGGCUAUCAGGCCGUGUUGGCAUCGAACGCUCAGGAAUGUGAACGAAGAAAUGGGUGCAAAAUGUUCCUAAAGUACUGCUACUGCUGUAUUUCCAAUGGGCUAUUGCAGGCACCGCAACAGGCACAACAGUAUCAAACGACGGCAAACAGUCAACCGGUGGUAGUAAAUCGGUUCGGUGUGGACCAACAGAACUACAACGCGGGCCAGCCUUUAACAAAUCAGCGUGUUGCUGAUAGGGAUAAAGCGUUACUAGCCUGCAGUCGAGUUCCGCUUCUGGACGCCAACUCUUGCCAGUACAAUGGGUUCAGUUGGAUACCUUUGCAAAAUGUUUGCAUCGACAUGAAAACUUGCACAUCACCCCGUAUCCAGAAACGGCAGGCUCCGGCCUAUUAUUUCGCAGCGCCGCAAGCACCACAGGUGUCCUCGCGUCCAGCUCAGCAACCAUUCUAUCAGACAUCUCAACAGCAACCACUCCAAACGGUGCUACCGCAACAGCAGCAGCAACAGCAACUGCAACAGCCAGUACAAAACCAGCUACAGCUGCAAAGUAGAUUCGAACAGCAGGAACCACAACAGCAAACAGGGUUCCAACGGCCGGCGGAAGUAAGACUGCCCCAGCAAUAUCAAGCACAACAACCACAAGUAGUUGUGCAGCCGCAACAACAACAACAGCCACAGCUGGUACAGCGGCAACCGCAACAGCAACAACCGAUUCAGCGGCCACCACAACAGCAACAACCGAUUCAGCGACCUCCACAACAGCCAGUACAGCGACCGGCCCAACAGCAACAACCGCAACAGCAACAACCGAUUCAGCGGCCACCACAACAGCAACAACCGAUUCAGCGACCUCCACAACAGCCAGUACAGCGACCGGCCCAACAGCAACAACCGCAACAAGUGCAACUUCCUCAACAAUUCCUUCAACAAGAGCAACGACCAGCCCAGCGGCCAUCCGAAGCGGUACACGUCAACGAGAUCAUCACCCAGGUGACGCUGGACGUGAACGAACAGGGCACGGAAGGUGGUGCCGUGACGGCAGCCCUUAUCGAUCGCAUCGGGCCCGACUAUUCCUUCGUGGUGGACAGGCCAUUUUUAAUCUUCAUCCGGAACGACAAAACACACCUUCCCCUGUUUUAUGGCGUAGUGUACGAUCCCAGGCCCUGAAGCGCUCAAUCAAUGCCACAUGGUUCAAUCAUCAUGUUUCCGUCAGUAUUCGCCAGCGAGACAGUAGUAGUACCUUUAAGAACGAUUGCGGGUACUGCGGUGCUCGCACGACUAGCCUACCCGCCCGACCACGAUCCGGCCGCGCAUGAAAUUUCGCUCGCCAACGGCAUCUUUGUCCAGCGCACCAUCCAGCUGAGCGAUGCGUACCGCAACGAAUCGUCGUUUUACUACAACUCGGAGGUUCAAUCGCUCGACUUUGAGCUCGAUCCCGUCGGCUCGACGAGACAGAUAAACGCGUGGGUCAGCGAAAAGACGCACGGCAAGCUGCCGAACAUCCUGCCCUCGACCCUGCCGGCCAGCUCGGUCAUGGUGCUUGCAAGCGCCAUGUACUUUAAGGCCCUGUGGGCAGAAACGUUCAUCGACGGUGCGACGAAGCUGCGCGAAUUUUACCCCGACGGUAAGGACAAACCGUCCGUCAUGGUGGACAUGAUGGCGCACGGCGGGUGCUUCCCGUUCUACGAAUCAACCGAGCUGGAUGCGCGCAUUAUCGGGCUGCCGUACAAGAACAAUCUGACUACGAUGUACGUGAUCAUGCCGAACGAUUCGAACCGGGCCAAAUUGCAACUGCUCAUCCCGAAGCUGAACAGUGACAAUCUGCAGCAAAUGAUCGAUCGGAUGACGAUCAAGACGUCGAUCAUCCUCUUUCCCAAGAUGCACAUCAGCAACACGGUCGAUCUGAAGCGUGUGCUGCAAAAGAUCGGUGUCAGCUCGUUGUUUAAGCCGGAGCGAAGCAAUCUGUCCGCAAUGCUGCAGGAACCUGCAACAACGGAUGUGUACGCCAAUCGAGUGAAGGGAGAUGCACCUACGGCAGCAUCAUCCAUGUCACCCACCGUAAACAUGCCCAACUAUGUGAGCAGACCCUCCCCAGGACUAUCGUACGAUUUGAAGGAGGUGUUAAUAUUCCCACGAGUCGGCAACGAUUCGGCGGAAGUUACUACGGACGCACCGGCCACAGAUACGACGGUACCGCUGACUACUGAAACUGUCCCGCAAACGAUCGUGCCGCUAACCCAUCGGCCCAGCAAGACUGGACGUGGACGAAGCAGGCGUGACGUUAGCUAUAAGGUGCCGAGCACGGGUAAGCAGCAAGGCCAAGCUGGCCUGCUCACCAGCAAGGACUUUAUACUGAACAAACGUAUCGUGAAGGAGAGUGGCCCGAUAGGGAAGAAGGGUUUGCGAAGGCGCAGCAAACGUGCGGCAAACCAGCUGUUCGUGAGCAAUGCCGUCCAUCAGGUGGAUCUGGAGGUGAACGAGACCGGAACCGAGGGUGGUGCGGCUACCAUAGUGACACUGAACCGUUCCGGCACCAGUGUCGUGUUCCGUGCGGAGGCACCGUUUUUGCUGCUAGUUCGCAACGACCGUACCGGUCUACCGCUAUUCUACGGACCGAUCUAUCAUCCGUCGAGCUGAAGAACGGGGGUAGUAUAAGCAAUCGGUAAAGUUGCAAGCACAAAGUUGGCUUUAGGGCCUUAUCGAUCCAGUGCAAUUUCAGAUCACCAGCGACAAACAAAACGCCUACGAUCGUGAUAGAUUUUAAGAGCAUUUGCGCCCUCUGCUAGGGUACUGACUAGAAAUCAUAUUUUAUGGAAGCAUCGAACGAUGGCCCAACUAUGUGCUAACCUAUUUAGAUUGUAUGCAAUUUUUUAUGAAUAAAUAAAUCUACAUUUCCGGACA